AUGUUUACGCCUUCGACCAUUGUGACUCUGUGCGUGCUGGUGACUGGCAUCACAGCUACCCUAGACCCAGCGACUUCGCACUCCAACGCCACAUACCCAGCCGCCCCCAACUGUGCGCCUGCCAAAACCAGCAAAGCCAUUCAGGCCGCAGAAUGCAGCCAUAACACGCGUGUCGCCGACCAGACCUUUGCCGUCUUCACCCAAGAUCACCAGUACGACGGCAACCACGGAUUUCCCUACGGCACGUGUGAAGCGUAUACCUGCGCGCCGGGUACGCAGAUGAAGCACAACAAGGAUAUUAGCACAUUUUUCUGGGACAAGGCCGGGGUCAAGGGCGAGGGCAAGGGAGACGGCACGGGGUGUAUCAAGAGUCCCAAGGAUGGCACAUGUGGGUGUGAGAACUCUGAUGGCAAGUUCAUUUACGGUGGCAGCAGUUGCAAGUAA